GCGUGAAGUCCCGUGUCGGCGGCCGCAGCUCUGCUCUGCUCACCCUCCCGGAGGUGUUGGCCGCCCGCUCGCCGCGCCUCCGCACACUCGAACCGCCGGCUGCCGUCGCUUCAGUUCACAGCAGGAGGUGAGCCCCAGGCCCCAGACUGAGUUCUAACCAUGCUGCGGCAGUCCGAGCCGACUUCCAGCACCCUGGAGCUGGUUGCCAAUGACAUGACCAACAUCAUGGAGAAGCUGGACACACGAGAGCUCGACUUGGGAGAUGGAGAGUACGACACAACAGACAACAACACCCCAGCGGAGCGCUUGCCUUUCACGGCGAUCUACCACACUGUGGGUUUCAAGGAGCCCGAAGCCAAAGUCUUCCUGUCCUCUCCGAUCACCGCCAAGAUCCUGGAGGUGGAGCGGUUCACCUCAGCUCAGGACCGUUUCAACGUCACCACGCAGAGGAGUGUCAACAAGGCGAUGCCGGCGGUGUUUAAGAUAGAGCUGAAACACGGGGAGUUUACGUGGUUGGUGAAGAGGAAGGAGAAACACUUCAUGGAUCUCCACAGGGAGCUCAGGACAUACAAGACCUUCAUGAGGCUGCCGCUGCCGUCACGCAGUCACACAAUAAAGAGGCAGACGGCGACGAGGAGCGCGGUGAGGCAGAUGCCGAACCUUCCCAGAGGAGGCGGAGACGAGCUGGUCAGGGAGGAGCAAGUGUCCAGUCGCAGGAAACAACUGGAAGAUUACUUGAAUAAGCUUCUGAAGAUGCCGAUGUACAGGAACUACCAUGCCACGAUGGAGUUCAUUGAUGUUAGCCAGCUGUCCUUCAUCCACGACCUGGGCCCAAAAGGCUUAGAAGGGAUGGUGCUAAAGCGAUCAGGCGGCCAUCGGAUCCCCGGGCUGAACUGCUGUGGCCACAGCAAAAUAUGCUACCGCUGGUCCAAACGCUGGCUGGUGGUGAAGGACUCCUUCCUGCUGUACAUGAAGCCGGAUUCGGGCGCCACCUCCUUUGUGAUGCUGGUCGACAAAGAGUUCAGCAUUUUGAUGGAUUCUAAAGACACGGAGACCAAACACGGCGUCCGCAUCGACAGUCUCUCCAGGUCCCUGGUGCUGAAGUGCAGCAGCUACAGACACGCCCGCUGGUGGGGUCAGGCCAUCGAAGGCUUCGUCCAGAAGCACGGCUCGGCCUUCCUCACCGACCACCGCUUCGGAUCCUUCGCCAGACAGGAAGAGAACAUCCCCGCCAAAUGGUAUGUGAAUGGGAAAACAUACAUGGAGGAUGUGGCUGAUGCCCUUGAAGAGGCCAGAGAGGAAAUUUUCAUCACAGACUGGUGGUUGAGUCCAGAGAUCUUCCUGAAGAGGCCGGUUGUCGAGGGCAACCGCUGGCGUCUGGACUGCAUACUAAAACGCAAAGCGCAACAAGGAGUUCGAAUCUUUGUGAUGCUGUACAAGGAGGUGGAGCUCGCUCUGGGCAUCAACUCGGGAUACAGCAAGAGGACGCUGCUGCACCUUCACCCCAACAUAAAGGUGAUCCGUCACCCGGACCACGUCUCCUCCGCCGUCUACCUGUGGGCGCAUCACGAGAAGAUCAUCGUCGUCGACCAAUCGGUGGCGUUCGUGGGCGGGAUCGACCUGGCAUACGGACGCUGGGACGACAGGGAGCACCGGCUGACGGACGUUGGGAGUGUGACACUCUCGAUCAUGGAGCAGGCCGGCGGCGCCUUUUCCAGCACGGCUGCCCCGUCCGGCGGCAACAGCGGCGACGUUUCCCGGAGCAACGGGAAGGGCAUUUUUACGGUGAUGGACUCGGGGGACCAGCCCAGGCUGAAAGGUCAGGGGAGGAUGAGGAGGACCCGGUUCAGCAUCAGGAGGCACCUGCAGAAACGCGGCCUGGCUCAGCCGGACAGCGACAGCGACAGCGACCUGGAGAAUGGAGAGAGAAGCGGCUCAGUGCGUAGUCUACACACGGGGGUCGGAGAGCUGUUUGGAAACACGCGGUUCUGGCACGGAAAAGACUACUGCAACUUUGUCCACAAGGACUGGAUUCAACUGGACAAACCCUUCGACGAUUUCAUAGACAGACAUACGACCCCCAGAAUGCCUUGGCACGACAUCGCCUCCGUGGUUCACGGGAAAGCAGCUCGGGACGUGGCCAGGCACUUCAUCCAGCGGUGGAAUUUCACCAAGCUGGUGAAGCCGAAGUACCGCUCUCUGUCGUACCCGUACCUGCUGCCCAAGUCCCACACCACUGCCGGAGAGCAGCGAUACCAAGUCCCCGGCUGCACCCCCGCCAAAGUACAGAUCCUCCGCUCGGCCUCCGACUGGUCCGCCGGCAUCAAAUACCACGAGGAGUCCAUCCACAACGCCUACAUCCACGCCAUCCAGGAGAGCCAGCACUUCAUCUACAUAGAGCUGCAAGGGCGGACGCUACACUGGUAUCAGCUGGUACCAGUGACGAGAAACGUCGGUGCAGAGAUGCAGAACGUUCGCGUUCGGACGUGGCGCCCGUGUUCUCGCAGGGUGGCGCUUCUAGCGUCCGCCUGGAACCCACGUCACCCCCCGAGGAGUUGGGAGAGUAAACCUCCACGGCCUUGUUUUGUCCUCCACCCUCGGUGCUCCUUUGACUGGGCGUCCUGCUUCGGCCAUUGGAAAUCAUGUCAUCGUGUCAAUAACGUUGCCUCUCUCUGUAUUUUUUUCUUUAGGGAGGGUAAAAGGUACCGGGUGUACGUGGUGACGCCUCUGCUGCCGGGCUUCGAAGGAAACAUCAACACCGGAGGGGGCAGUGCCAUCCAGGCUGUCAUGCACUUUAAUUACAGGACCAUGAACAGAGGGGACCACUCCAUCAUCUCCCAGCUCAGGAGAGAGAUGGGGGACCAGUGGAUGAACUACAUCUCCAUCAACGGUCUGAGGACUCACGCCGAACUGGAGGGGAAGCUGGUCUCCGAGCUCAUCUACGUCCACAGCAAGAUGCUCAUCGCCGACGACAACACCGUCAUCAUCGGUUCUGCCAACAUCAACGACCGGAGCAUGCUGGGAAAGAGGGACAGCGAGGUGGCGGUGAUCGUGGAGGACUCGGAGACGGUGGCGUCGGUGAUGGACGGGCAGGCGUACCAGGCCGGAAGAUUCGCUCUGCGGCUGCGGCUGGAGUGCUUCAGGAUGAUCCUCGGCGCCAACACGGAUGACUCCGUCGACGUUUCGGAUCCCAUCAGCGACCAGUUCUACAAGGAGGUCUGGGUGGCCACCAGCGCUCGCAACGCCACCAUCUACCAGAAGGUUUUCCGCUGCCUGCCGUCCAGCGACGUCCGUAACAUCCUGGAGCUGGAGGGCUACCUGGCCAAGGCGGGCCUGGACAAGGAGGACCCGGCCCGCGCCCACGAGGAGCUGAGGAAGAUCCGCGGCUUCCUGGUCCAGUUUCCUCUCCAGUUCCUGUGCGAGCAGAACCUGCUUCCUCCCAUCGGCUCCAAGGAGGCCAUGGUGCCCAUGGAGGUCUGGACCUGAGGCGGAGGGAGAGACUCACCCGUGUGUCGGUGUGCAUCACGUGGGAGGGCUUCCAGGUGGAUAACGCCCGACCUGGUGCCAUUCUGGAGGCUCUAGUGGCUGAAAACGGCUGCACAUCCUUUUUUUUUUUUUUUUUUUAACGUACAACUCUAAAGAAAAAAAAAAACCCAAACAAAUUUAGCUACUGCUAUUUAAGCCCUUAAAAAUCAUUUUUAUCGGAACAUUGAAAAAAACAUCCCUACCACUUAUCAGACAAUACUGUUAUCUGUCUUUCGUUGCCAGGGGCUCGUAGUCAGCGCGUUUUUCCCCUGAAUCGAGGCUCCCAGGUGACAUUUCUGCAACUAAAUGCUUCGGGGAUAAUGGCUGGAUUUCAGGUUAGCCAGUCUUCGAGAAGCAGCUUACCCCGGACUCACUCCGGCUGUUGAAUUCACACCGACCUCGGAUCCAGGCCGUCCUUGUCGGCCGCCGUGUGCCCUCGCUGCUUAAAGGACAACGGACGGGUCUCGCAGUCCGUUGACCGGGGCUGAAUAGAGGACACGUCGGGCCGUCACAGCAAUUGGGGGCAAAAAAUCUGCCCGAUCAGUCAAGGACGUAACUGCAGUAGCUUCCCGUUCACCGCCUGGUUUGUGGGGGAUUCAGACUAUCUCGACAGUAGCAGCCGAGGUGACCUCCAAAAUAGCGUCAGCUCUGGCUGCGGCAGAUUUUUUUUUUUUUUUCCGUCAGGCCUCUGGACCAUUGGUGCCACCGAGUGCGCGUGAAUAGCGUUACACUUGCUUACGUUCAAACCGACAUCGCCGGAGAGCGCGACUUCUCGGAGCUCGGAGUGUACGCGUGC